UCAUUCAUACUUUAUUUAAAGAGAGGACGUCGGGUUUUUCUAGUGAAAAUGUUAAAUCCGCUUCCAACUACGUUCAAAAUACAUUUUCAGAAUACGAGAGCAAAAAAUACUGUUAGGAAUUAUAAAAUAAAGAGUUUCAUUUGUUAUUUCAGGAUGCACAAAAUGUAGACUUAAUUUAGAAAUAAAUGAUAUAAAAAACUUUUACGUCCACUGUCGUUCCAUUUUAUUAAAAAUGUGCAGGCUAUGAAUUCACCAAAAUAUCACAGAUAAUAAAUAUUACACGUGCGUUCUAAAAUCCAAUAUCUAUAAAGCGUUAGGCGGCUUUAGUGAACAGUAUCUAUGUCGGUUUCAUAUCGAAAUUGAAUUACAAAUUCCAAUUAAAAUGCACGACAUAAACCUACAGUUGGGUUUAUUACUCAGACAGACUUCAGAUCGAUCGAUGUUACAUUUCGUUAUGUUGUUUAUUCUCCAUGAAAUCGUUUCAAAGGUUAUAGACGUGGAGAAAAUUGAAUUUUGUAGAAACCUUGAAUGUGGGAGAGGAAAUGCAGCUGUUUGUGGGCUACGCGCCGAAGAUUAUGGCUUCCGUUUAAGACUAUUUGAAAACGAAUGCCAGUUAUUGGAAUACGGUUGUAAAGUUGACGAGGAAUAUGCUUACGGAUUAAUUAACAGAGAGUACUGUAGAUUCAAUAAAUUGAAUGAGAUGUUCGUCAAAGACAUAAAUGAUAUUGAAAAAUUUAAUUUAAAAUAUGACGGAGUCGUAAAUUGCAAUGAAAUAUGCAGGAUUGAUGAUAAAGAAGAAGUCUGCGGUAUAAGAGACGAUGGUGACGGUUAUAAAAUACGUCUGUUUGAAAACAAAUGUGAAAUGAACAAAUAUAAUUGCGAAAAUCACAUACAAUUUACUUUAACUGAUAACUUCAUAUGCAAUGCCAGCCUGUCAUUGUCUUAUGAUGAUAAUAGAAACGAAACAAUUGACGUUAAGUUUACGGAAAAAAACGUGACGAAUCUAGUAGUUGUGAAUACUAACAUGUUUGGUGACUACGACGAUCUAAACGAUACUAUUGAUACGUUUUUCGCUGCUUCUCACGUAUUCGAUCUGCCUGUCAAAGAAUUCAGACCUCUAGAUACGAGACGCAAAUGGUUGAAAUACGCUGGUCCAGUCAAUGUAUUUGUACCUGUCAUCAAGAAACCACAGAACGUCAGUAAUGAGACGUUUUACAUACCCACAUUAUCGUCCUGCUAUCAUAAGUGCCCUACAAAAUGCCCGGACACGUAUGCACCGGUAUGCGGUGUACCCGGCAUAGUGGCCAGGGAACCCUCUCUGAUAUUCCAAAACCAUUGCUUCAUGGAUGUGGCGCAGUGUAAGAUGUUUUGGGAGGGUAAAAGCAGCACCUCCCAUAGCUCAUCCUAUAUGGAAACUUCCUUCCUUUUUUGCAUGGGAGACGAGAUGAAUGCUGUGUACAGAUUUCUACCGGCCAUAAGGACCUUGCAACACAUGGGACGGUUGAAGAAGAAAGGAAAAUUUCGUGCAAAAUUAAGAAAUUUCAGAUAUCUCAGAGAAUUUAAAGAUGGCCGACCUAAUUUCAUGGGUUGAUUGUCAAAAUAUAGAACUAUGUUAUAAAUUGCGAGAGAUGUGACAGUUUAUUACAAAUAAAUAUGUAACUAACAUAUUAAGCUUUUGUUAUUUGAU